AUGCCAGUGCUUGUCUUCCAACCCUACCAGUGCGGUCACUGCUCCCAGUCCUUCUCACAGCCCUCSGAGCUGAGGAACCACGUUGUGACGCACUCCAGCGACAGGCCUUUCAAGUGUGGAUACUGCGGCCGUGCCUUCGCUGGUGCCACAACACUCAACAACCACAUCCGGACGCACACUGGGGAAAAGCCCUUCAAGUGCGAGAGGUGUGAGAGGAGCUUCACACAAGCCACCCAGCUGAGUCGACACCAGAGGAUGCCCAAUGAGUGCAAGCCAAUAACAGAGAGCACAGAAUCAAUUGAAGUGGAUUAACUGAUUGACUGGUUGGAAUUAAACUGCAAGGAAAGUCAUGAUUAAAUGUCACGGACACUUAAGCAAAACCAAAGAUUUCCUCUGAGCAACUCUCAAUCAGUCCCAGAAAACCAAAAGCAGUAAUAAAAUAAGUAAGAUGUUAAGAGAUAUUGAUCCUGGCAUGGAAGUGAGACCAGGAAAGAGAUUAUUUAUUUAUGACUAGGGAUGAGUCUUAUUUCAAUUGACAAGUUACUUGGGGCUGUUAACAUUUCAAGUCCCUCCAUGUAUUGCUUUAAUUCUAAAAGCCUUUAUAAUUGUUAUUUAAUGCCAAAGUGAGGAAUCUCAAGGGUUCUUCUGCUCAUAGUUAUGACUGAGAAUGCACAUGGACUUGUUUAUUGUUGCACCUUUUUUUGUAGCAUGACUCAAAGGACCCAGAUGUUAUCUGUACAUUUGGCUGGGCUGGGCUAAGUUGAUCUUGACAUGGCUGUAAUAGAAAUUGCUGUGUGGGAUGGGAAGUGAUCAAGAGCUAUACCUGGGUCAGUGUCAGCCACCUCAGACCAAAGGGCAUUCCAUUUCCAUAGUCUCAUGCCUCACACUGUGUGCACUUUUUCAUGCAAGUAGUUUGCAUUGACAUUGGCAUAGAUAUUCUGGGGGGAAAAAAACCAAAAAAACAACAAAAACAGAAAGUUAAGAAAAAGAAAAAAAAAGUUUAAAAAAUAGCAAAGUUGUAUAUCUGCAAAUAUGCAUUAUAUAAAGAAACAAGUAGGAAAACUAUGUUAAACUAAUAGAGCUUUCAAAUUCAGUCUAAUAGCUAUGAAAGACAGAGGUGGUAGAAAAUAUUUCAAACAAUAAAGGUUCCAGUCCAUGUGUAAAUGGUAUUAUGUGGAGCAGAAAACCAAGAUGAUAUUUUUGGUGUGGGUAAAUGAUUUAAUAUCAUGUUGACUUCUAGGAAAAUCAACCAAAAAUCCAAGCUAUACUCCAUUGAUAUUUUUAGCCUGGUUUUUGGAUCAAAUUGGAAAUGCUCCUGUAUGAGAUGAAGCUUUCAACAUGGUUGGGCUGAGCUUCAAAACAAAAGAUAAAUCUGAACACAGAUAUUUUGUAAAUUUCAUGGAGGCUUCAAAGCAUUCAMUUCAUGGAAAUUUGCCUGGUACAGUGAAUGAAAGAAAGGCAAAAUACAUCAAUGUAAAAAGCUCAGAUGUCAUUAGCUUGGUUUGAUUUAACAAUUUCCAUAUUGGCCCUUUUUCAUGCUUUUAUUCAUGGUGUAUUUCAGAUUUCAUGAUUUUGUCUAAUCAAAUUAUGUUUUCACUUUUAGAGACCAGCAAUGUUUGCUUAUAUAUUGAUUGUCUCAAUGCUAGAACUGUAGAUUGAUAAAAAUGUUUA